AUGUUACCGAGGCCCUUGUGGCCGAAAACGCCCACCUCUGGAGCGGGCGGUCCGAAAUCCCUUACCUUGGGGGGCCCAAGCGCACACCCGAGGCCGGAUCCCAAUGUCAUAACCCCACACGCUGCGCACGCUGCGCGGCUAACCACCCCACCAAAGUAUGCACGAAACGCGGCGAAGCGCCGAACUGUGCGAACUGCAAGAAGGAACACACGUCGCGUGGAGCAAGACCUGCUCCCACCACAAGAAAAAGAUGGAACGAGUGUCCCGGACCCGGCCCGUCCGGCCGAUGUUCCAUCCCGAGCCAGUCUGACGGCGGAACACGGCGCCCAGGCAGCGGCGGCAGCGGCGACAGGGGGGGCUCCCGGGAGCUCUCGCGAGGUCGCCCUGACCACCAAUCAGAUGGAUCUCAGUCUGCCGGUGCAGACCCGAGCCCGAAAGCGUCAACGCAUCUCUACAGGCAGUGCAAUCGAGGAGGAGCCCGCCGAGAACCCGCCGGCCCUCUCUCCGCCAGAACCGCAAGAUACGGAGAUAGAGGACCGGCGGGAGAACGAGCCGCAGGGCUCACACGAGGCUCCGGAUGACAGCUACGAGACUGUCUCCGAAAGCACGCGGGUAUCGACUCUGUCCUCGACACGGUCGUCCGCGCGCCUCCAAGGGAAGUCCCCUACACCCACCGCGGUGGAGGCCGCGCAGCGGGUCCGGAGACGCUCCCAAAUCCCCACGCCGUCCAGCUCGGCCAAGACCCCCGCGAAACGGAUUGUGUCGUCCACGAAGCUCCCGCGGGUGACCAUUCAUAGGGGCCAGUCCACCCCGGCCCGAGCGCGGGAUCCGACGGAUCCUCCAGACUCGUCAUCUGUCGUUGAUAAUCAAUGA